AUGAAGCCUGCUGUGCAGCCGGGUGCACCCUCCAACCCUGAGUGUGCCCUGUCAGUUGUGCCUUUCCACCCUCUGUCCUCUAGUGACUGCUCUCCUCCACCGUCGGCCUCCACGGGCUCUAUGAAAGCUGGGGUGCACCCUCCAACCCUGAGUGCACCCUGUCAGUUGCACCUUUCCACCCUCUGUCCUCUAGUGACUGCUCUCCUCCACCGUCGGCCUCCACGGGCUCUCCAAAGUCUUCGGUCAUCUAUCAGUGAAGGAAUGGCAGUAGGUGAACGAAUGUCUAAAUAAGAGGACAUUAGGGGGAAAAAAAUAUGUGUGUUGUGGCUUAUACAGGUUAUUCCAUCAGUUUACAAGAAAAAAAAAAAAAAAAAAACUUGUGAAAUUAGAAAAAGUAGCCCACUUUUGACUGGACAAAUGUUGGAGAGAACUGCCACAGAAUUUAAUCAGUUACAGUUUCAUGCUGUUCAAAGCAAAGGCUUGCCUCUUUUGGACAAAAUAAGACCACAGAUAGCUGGUAUUACAGCCAUGUUACAACAGUCACUGGAAGGCCUCCUAUUAGAAGGUCUUCAGACUUCCCGUGUCAAUAUUAUUUGGCACUGCUUACGGACUUACACCACAAUUGACAAGACACGGGAUGCAGAGGCAUUAGUUGGUCAAGUCUUCGUGAAACUGUACGUAGAUGAGGUGAUUCUAGAGCAUAUUGUCGAUAGUCAUCUGACUGAUCUCCAGUUCAUGUAUGAUAAACUCUUGGAGUUCGUUCCCCAUCACUGCCGCCUUCUUCGAGAGGUCACAGGAGGAGCCAUCUCAAGUGAAAAGGGCAAUACUGUUCCUGGCUAUGAUUUUUUGGUGAAUUCUGUCUGGCCAGAAAUAGUACAAGGAUUAGAAGAAAAAUUACCCUUGCUUUUUAGUCCUGGGAAUCCUGAUGGAUUUCACUAGAAAUAUGCCAUAAGUAUGUAUUUUGUAAGAACAUUUGAAUGGCAGUGUGGAUCACAGGCCAGUGUAAAAAGAUUAGGAGCACAUCCUACCUAUCACAGCUUCAAUAAUAAGUGGAACUUGCCUGUUUAUUUUCAAAUAAGAUUUAGAGAAAUAGCAGGAUCCAUAGAAGCAGCAAUUACAGAUGUCCUGGAAGAUGCACCAGCUGGGAGCUCACAUCGCCUUUUGGCUUCUCAUAGGACGUGGAGCAGCCUUCAGAGGUGCUGGUCUGGCAAGAUAUUCUUGCCGCUGCUGGCACAUCGUCUGUGGAGACUGAUGCUACAAGUUCUGGUGCGGUACUCCAAAUCUGUCAAGGAGCUUUUACUCGGGCCCAUCUCUAAUGAAAGUGCUAAGGAUAUUAAAAAGCCUUUGGAAACUGGCAGCAAAGAUCUUUCUAUCACCCAAGGAAAUUGCAAAGACCAAGCAAGUGGCCCUUCUAAAACAAAGCCCAUUGUCUCCAUUUCCAGCACUCAGCUUGUCUGUGUGGUGACAGACCUGGACAGGCUUCAGGAGCAGCUUCCAGACCUCUUAGAAACAAUCAAACCAAAACUUGAAGUGAUGGGCUUUAAGAAUUUUUCUUCCAUCUCACGAGAUGGCUCCGAGCUGGAUUUCCACAAACAAGAACAUCCAUGCAAAGGACAAGCCUGCAGAGCUCUGCCCGCCAGCCACAGGAAGAGCCUGCCUCCCGACGGCCAGCGGCGUUUACAAGUGAUCAACAGCCCGCUGGCCUACAAAGUGCUGGAAGCAGGGCUGGGCCAGCCGGCCAGACUAAGGGUUGUGGAGUCUCAGCAGGCCAGGUUAGGGGGCUCCAAGACUGUGCCAACAGAGAGGGCAGAAUACGUGGUUCCCUGCUCCACCGAGCCCCAGUUCCCUCACCUGUGGUCCACACUCCUGCGCUCCACUCACUGGCUGCCCGUCUAUGGGGACCCAGGAGCCCACAAAAUGGGUGUUCCCAGCUGCAAUGGCACCCCUGAGAGCACAACUGGGACUCUCCCCUGCCCCGCCCAGCGCCCGGUUGCGACCUGCCCCCACACCCACUUCCAGGAGAGGCGCGGGGAUACUGCUGCCAGGUGA